AUGGCCUGGCGUUGGGACCAGAUUGGAUACGCAGGAGACAUUAGGAAGAUGUUUAACCAGGUUACAGUGCAUCCUGAAGAUCAAGUCUUCCAUAGGUUCCUCUUCAGGAAAAUGUCCAGUCUGAAGCCAACAAUUUAUCAGUGGCAAAGGUUAAACUUUGGCGAUAAACCGGCGCCCGACAUCGCAACCGGGUGUAUCAUCACACUUGCCAAAGCAACACAAGAAGAAUAUCCAAAUGGAAGUCAAGAACUGUUAAAGAAUAUCUAUGUAGAUGAUAUGGGAGGUUCUAGAAGCAAUGUCAAGGAAGCAAAGGGUAUCACCGAUGAGAUAGAUGCAAUCCUAGCAAAAGGAAAAUUCCAAGUAAAAGGGUGGCACUACAACGACUCAAAUUUGGACAAGACCGAAGAAAAGAGUACAGAUUUCCUAGGCCAUCGAUGGGAUAAACAGACCGACACCUUUUCUUUCAAGAGAGAUCAUAUCCAGAUUUCAGUAUCCAACAAUCUAACGAAGAGAAGUUGUCUCUCCAUUUUAUCAAAGAUUUGGGAUCCUAUUGGAUUGGUCGCGCCUGUCACCAUAAAGUUCAGAAUCAAUCUUCAAGAGCUAUGGAGCUCAGGGUUUUCCUGGGAUGAGGUACUCCCCGAUAGCAUUCAACAYCAGUGGGUGCAAAACGUCGAGAUAUUGAAUGAAUUGCUGUCUCUAACCUUCAACAGAAAGCUCAGGCCAAGUGACGCCAUUGGUUACCCUGAGCUACAUSGUUUUAGCGAUGGAGGUGAAUUGGSCUAUGGAGCUGUCCUGUUUCUGAGAUGGAUGUUACGUAAAGAAGAAUAUUAUUGUGUUCCACUACUUGCUAAAGCCUUUGUUUCACCAUUGAAAAAGAAAUCCAUACCAAGGUUAGAACUAAUGGGAUGUCUCGCAUUAUCCAGAAUGUACAAUUCAUGCAAGGAUGCUUUGGAUUUCAUGGCUAUUCAAAAAUGGCAAAAAUAUUUCUGGGUAGACUCCACAACGGUACUAUCAUGGGUGAAGACUUCACCAAGAAGUUUUAAACCAUUCGUUUCCGCGAGAGUUGCGGAAAUCCAAGAGAAUACAGACGCCGAUACUUUCAGAUAUAUUCAGUCCAAGGACAAUCCUGCGGAUUGCUUAACCAGAGGUAUGAAGAUACAAGAUUUAGAGCAGUGGGUGAAAGGGCCACAAUUCCUUUAUCAGCCCGUAAUAACCUUACAGGAAGAUGAAAAAGAAGCUGAGGUAGAUUGUGAGUACGAUAUUCACUGUGUUACGACUGACUCGGAGCAAGGCAAAGAUAAUCCUAUUCUCAAGCACCUGAUGAGUUCAUGCUCAACCUUUGCAAAGACGAGAAGAACAUUAGCCUACGUGCUAAGGUUUGUUUAUAACGCCAGAUCGUGGAUGAGAAAGAGUGGCCCUAUUUCAGUUCAGGAGCUAAAGGAAGCAGAAAACCAGCUUUUCAAAUGGUGUCAGUCGGACCUCAAGAAAACCCAAGUCGAUCCAAAAAUCAUCGCARAAAUUGGACCGGYCGGCAUUAUCCGAGCACACGGAAGAUUGGAAAAUAUACGAACUCUACCAAGCGAGAUGAGGAACCCAAUUAUUCUCCCCAAAAACRACAGGUUGGUUCAUCUCCUCCUAGAACACCUACACAUUUGCNAAGUUGAGCAGGAAGACGCUUAA